GUGCUGCAGGAGGAUGGAACGUAUGUCGGACGAUGCUCUGCGGCUCCACCUGCUGAAGCGGGGCCUGGACCGUGCGGACGAGCGCGAGGACCUGGUGGCCAAGCGGUUGAAGAUGGAGGGGCACGAGGCCAUGGAGCGCCUCAAGAUGCUGGCCCUGCUGAAGCGCAAGGACCUGGCGGGGCCGGAACCGUCGCCCGAGCUGAUCCCCGCCAAGCCCGAGCACCAGCGGGCAGCCGACGACAAGAUGAACGGCAGCCUGAAGGGCCGUCCCGAGCUCCGCACCGUCACCAAAGCCGGCAAAGAGAACAUGGGCGACGAGCCUGUGGACAUGAGCGCGCACAAGAGCGAGGUGGAUCGUGAGCGCAGUACCCCCUCACCCGACGUCAUCGUGCUGUCAGACAACGAGGCGUCCAGCCCUCGUGCCAAUGGCUGCUUCGAGGACAGGAUCAAGAUGGCCAACCUGGAGAUCUUCAAGGGCAAGGGCCCCGAGGAGCGGCAGAUGAUCAUCAAGCAGCUGCGGGACGAGCUGCGUCUGGAGGAGGCCCGGCUGGUGCUGCUGAAGAAACUGCGGCAGAGCCAAGUGCAGAAGGAGAACGUGGUCCAGAAGAGCAUGGGCUCGUCUGCCCAGUCCUCGCUGGUCCAGGGUGGGCAACAACAGCUGCUGUCCAAGCCACCCAACCGGCCCAUCUCUCAGGUAUUGGAUCCUCAGAACCUGCGGGGGGCUCAGGGCCACCCGGUGAUCAGGACAGCGGCCAAUAGCACGUUGCCGCAGCUGCUGCUGUCACAGCGGGUGAUCGCGCCCAGCCCCGCACAGAUGCAGAGCAUGAGGAUGGCCAAACCCGGCCUCAUACACAGCCCCCUGGGCAGCCCCAACACAGCCGCUGCCUACCAGAAGGCAGGCUCCUCCAUCCCGUCUCCACGGACCACGCCAUCCACCAUGUACAUGAGCGUGUCAUCGCAUGUACAGGCCGGGUUGCCCACAGCGAGCAGUCCUGCCGCCGGCAGCAUGAGCGAUCCUGCCAGUAGCCAAGCGGCGGCUAAACUGGCUCUGCGCAAACAGCUGGAGAAGACCCUUCUGGAGAUCCCCCCACCCAAACCCUUGCCCCCUCUCCUCAACUUCCUGCCCAGCGCCGCCAACAAUGAGUUCAUCUACAUGCUGGGCCUGGAGGAGGUGGUACAGAGCGUCAUCGAGAGCCAAGGGAAAGGACGCCUGCAGCUCACCCACAUCGAGCCAUUCAUGUGCUCACAGUGUCGGACAGACUUCACCCCACACUGGAAGCAGGAGAAGAACGGCACCAUCUUGUGUGAGCAGUGCGUGACGUCCAACCAGAAGAAGGCGCUCAAGGCCGAGCACACCAACCGGCUGAAGACAGCCUUCGUCAAAGCCCUGCAGCAGGAGCAGGAGAUCGAGCAGCGAAUACAGCAGCAAGCGGCGGUGGUGUCGGCCUCGCCCACCUCCGUGUCUGCCGGCGUGGUGAUGAACAAGCCCGAACCGGUCAUCAGGCACCACCCUCUCCGCCAGCAGCCGCCUCAGUCGCAGUCGUCUCUCCAGCGUGGGCUGCACUCCUCAGCCCGCAGCGUGCUGUCGACCUUUGCACAGGGCCCGCAGCUGCACAUGGCCAGCGGGCUGGUGGGCAUGCCAGGUAAGCAUGCAAUGCGGAGCGGAGGGCAGAGUCGAGGACGAAGGCCUUACUUCACCACCUCAGGUAGACACUAAACCGCCCUUCACCCC